AUGACUCAGGUUGCCCCUGUUGACUUGCGGAAGAAGCCAGCCCCUCACCUCGCCUCCCUGUCUGGCGAGCAACAACCAAUCAUCCCCUCACCUCGCCUCCCUGUCUGGCGACCAACAACCAGCCAGCCCCUCACCUCGCCUCCCUGCCUGGCGAACAACCAACAACCAAUCAUCCCAACCCAGCCAUCCCACCUCGCCUCCCUGUCUGGCGAGCAACAACCAGCCAGCCCCUCACCUCUCGCCUCCCCUGCCAACAACCAAUCAUCCCCUCACCUCGCCUCCCUGUCUGGCGACCAACAACCAGCCAGCCCCUCACCUCGCCUCCCUGCCUGGCCACCAACAACCAAUCAUCCCCUCACCUCGCCUCCCUGUCUGGCGACCAACAACCAGCCAGCCCCUCACCUCGCCUCCCUGCCUGGCGACCAACAACCAGCAGCCCCUCACCUCGCCUCCCCUGUCUGGCGACCAACAACAACCUCGCCUCCCCCCUCCUCAACCCUGUCUGGCGACCACCAACCAGCCAGCCCCUCACCUCACCUCGCCUCCCUGUCUGGCCUCACCCUGCCUCUGGGCGACCACCAACAGCCACCAGCCUCCCCUGUCUGGCGACCCCCAACCAGCCAGCCCUCACCUCGCCUCCCCUGUCUGGCGACCAACAACCAGCCAUCCCUCACCUCGCCUCCCUGUCACGACCAACAACCAGCCAUCCCCUCACCUCGCCUCCCUGUCUGGCGACCAACAACCAAUCAUCCCCUCACCUCGCCUCCCUGUCUGGCGACCAACAACCAGCCAGCCCCUCACCUCGCCUCCCUGUCUGGCGACCAACAACCAGCCAGCCCCUCCCUGUCCUCGCCUCCUCCCCUCGCCUCCCUGGGCGACCAACAACCAGCCAGCCCUCUCCGCCUCCCCUCUGCCUCCCCUCACCUCGCCUCCUCCCUCUGGCGACCAACAACCAGCCAGCCCCUCACCUCGCCUCCCUGUCUGGCGAGCAACAACCAGCCAGCCCCUCACCUCGCCUCCCUGUCUGGCGACCAACAACCAGCCAGCCCCUCACCUCGCCUCCCUGUCUGGCCCCUCACCUCGCCUCCCUGUCUGGCGACCAACAGCCAGCACCUCGCCAGGCGACCAACAACCUCACCUCGCCUCCCUGUCUGGCGACCAACAACCAGCCAGCCCCUCACCUCGCCUCCCUGUCUGGCGACCAACAACCCAGCCCUCGCCUCCCUGUCUGGCGACCACCAACAACCAGCCAGCCAGCCCCUCACCUCGCCUCCCUGUCUGGCGACCAACAACCAGCCAGCCCCUCACCUCGCCUCCCUGUCUGGCGACCAACAACCAGCCAGCCCCUCACCUCGCCUCCCUGUCUGGCGACCAACAACCAGCCAGCCCCUCACCUCGCCUCCCUGUCUGGCGACCAACAACCAGCCAGCCCUCACCUCGCCUCCCUGUCUGGCGACCAACCAGCCAGCCCCUCACCUCGCCUCCUCGCCUCCCUGUCUGGCGACCAACAACCAGCCAGCCCCUCACCUCGCCUCCCUGUCUGGCGACCACCAACCAGCCAGCCCCUCACCUCGCCUCCCUGUCUGGCGACCACCAGCCAGCCAGCCCCUCACCUCGCCUCCCUGUCUGGCGACCACCAACCAGCCAGCCCCUCACCUCGCCUCCUAG